AUGUCAUGGGGCCCGUUUAGACUGAGGGCAACGAUCCUGGAAGCAGGAGAAGUGUAUAUACAAGAAGAGAAGAGAAGAAGCACAAAAGCAGAGGAUGAGCAUCAUAUCAAACCCAAGCCUGGCAUCACUGUCUUCUCUGGAUGCUGGACCAAUUAUUCUUUACUCAUUACCAACAUUUUUAUUUUUGUUGUCUCCUGCUUUGGAAUUGUGGUGAAUGCGAUUGUCAUCUGGGGUCUCGGCUUCAGCGCUAGGGUGUAUCCUUUCACCAUCUACAUCCUGAAUUUGGCAAUCGCUGAUGUUGGGCUCCUCAUAUCCAGAGUCAUAUCCUUCUUUUUCCUAAUUGUCACAAAAGAAGCAAUUGCUCUUGGAAGUGCCCACUUUCAGUUCUUCCUAUUCAUGUGCAUCGUUGGCCAGAGCCUACUGACGGCCAUCAGCAUUGACCGAUGCUUGACGCUCUUUUUCCCAAUUUGGCAGCGAUACCGGCAGCCGGCCCACUUGUCGGUCAUUGUGUGCGUGGUCAUAUGGAUCCUCUCCUUUCUGUUCUCUGCUCUUCACUUGAUCCGCUUCAGUUCUGGGGAGACUGAAAAUACUGGCAUAGUGUUGUACCCAUUGAAGAUGACUACUCUAAUUUGCCUUCCACUCAUGACUAUCUGCACUGCAAUCCUGGUGAUCAAAGUCUGCUUUAAGACACAGCCAUCUCAACGGCUUGCGCUUUUAACAGCGAUGACAAUUACUCUCCUGUUCUCUCUUCUCUUUGUUUUUCCUUUGAAUGUCAUUUGCAUGAUCAGAAUAGUUGAGUAUUUGCCUCCCUAUGUGCUGGAACUGGGCUGCUUAGGUGCUUGUCUAAACAGCAGUGUUAACCCACUCAUUUAUUUCCUGGUUGGGAGAAGGAAGAGAGGUCGCUCUAGGGAGAGGAUGGACGUAACACUCCAGAGCGUUUUCAAGGAGGGUGAAGACUAUAGGGAAGAAAUGGAACUAGAACCCCCAGUUCAAAACCAGUUAUAA